CUCACCCGCAUCUUCUCUCUCACAGCUUUCUGCAAGGAGCCUCUGGGAAUGGAGUCAGGCCACAUCAACGACACGCAGCUCACAGCCUCGUCCGCCUACGAUGUGUCUGUGACGGGGCCUUCCUCUGCCAGACUCAACAAGGAGGUGCAGGGGGGCGCCUGGUGUCCUCGCUCCAUGGUGGGCGCAGACAAAUCGAAACAGUUUCUCGAGAUCGACCUGAAGAGGACCCACGUGAUCUCGGCCACGGAGAGCCAGGGCCGCUUCGGGAAUGGCAUGGGCAAGGAAUACGUGGAGAGCUAUACCCUGGAGUACUGGCGGCCCGGCAUCAACACCUGGUACACCUACAAGCGGUGGGACGGGGACAAGAUCCUGGACGGCAAUGUGAACACCUAUACGGCGGUGCGGACGGAGCUGGUGCCGCCCAUCCUGGCCUCCAAGAUCCGCUUCGUGCCCUACUCUCCACUGCCGCGCACUGUCUGCAUGCGCGUAGAAAUCCUCGGCUGCCCCUACAACGACGGCCUUGUGUCCUACUCCAUGCCGCAGGGGAUCAGCCGCGGCGUGGAGGUGGACUUGCUCGACCUCAGCUACGACGGCACCACCACCGAGGGGCUGCUCAUCGGCGGUCUGGGACAGCUGCAUGACGGGAUAGUUGGCGACCACAACUUUAAAACAGACAUCGGCUUCGGCAAAGGCUACGAAUGGGUCGGGUGGAAGAACGAGUCUCACCAACCCCUCGAGAUUGUGUGCGAGUUCGAUGUCGUGAGAAACUUUACCUCGCUGGCAAUCUUCGCGAACAACAUGCACACCAAGGAAGUGGAGGUGUUCUCGAAGGCCAAGGUGCUCUUCAGCGUGGGCGGGCGGUACUUCAGCUCCCGGCCCGUCGAGUAUCAGUACAUGCCGGACCGGGUGUCGGAGUACGCCCGCAACGUGACCAUCAACCUGCACCACCGCGUCGCCAAGUACGUGAAGAUUCAGCUGUUCUACCAAGCCCGCUGGAUCAUCCUCUCCGAGCUGUUCUUCAUCUCAGCACCGGCUCAGGGUAACUUCUCGGCGGAGACAGGCCCCGACGAUCCCCCGCAGCGCGCCGAGGCCCCGCCCGCCCAGGACUCCUCCGGCUACAUGCUGGACGGGGCGGCGCAUGGAGACACGCGCCGCAACAUGGUAAUGACGGACGUGUCGGAGGGGCCUCGCGGGCAGGAGUACGUGGCCUUGGUGAUCGGCGUGCUGGUGGCCGUGAUCAUUCUGCUGGUGUCCGCCAUCCUGCUGAUCGUGUGGCGCUCCAGGAGGCACAAGGACGGCACCAUCACCCACGACAUCUACACGGGGCCCUACGGCGAGAAGCGGGACAUUGUGAACCUGAAGGAGGUGCAAAAGUUCCUGACGGCGCCCGCGGGCCUGCGUCCUUCCUCCCUCUGCUCCUCGCCGCGCCUCGGCACUCACAGGAGCAAUGGCUACCGGCUCAACACCACUCUGCCCAUACACCCGUCACAGCUGGGCGUGGAGGGCGGCAGCGGCGGGGUAGGCGGAGGUGCAGGCGGUGAGCUGGACAAGAAUGGCCUAUACUCGGAGCCGUUCCACCUCACCUACAGUUCCAUGGGGGCCUACUCCACCCUGGGCCGCAAGCUGGUGCACGCCAACCCUCUCUCCAGCCCGGACUACACAGGUGAGUCUAGCAAAGAGUGCCCCUCCACGGAGUACGCCAUCCCCCACCUCGCGGCUGACGGGAGCGGCACGGGCGUCUACCCCCCUCCCCUCCCCCACUCCAAGCCGCCCCUCCACCCUCUCAACACCUUCCUGGGCAAGGCCUCGACGCAGCAGCCGCAGGAGAGCUUCUACGCCGCCACCGAGAUCGUCCAGGGGGGCACGGGCAGCAGCGCAGGCAGCAAGCAGGGGCAGCAGGGUCCAGGGGGCGCCGCACCCUUGGAGGAGGUGCGGGCGAAGGAGAUCCCGCGCCUGGCCAUCACUCUCCUGCAGCAGAUUGGCGAGGGACAGUUUGGGGAGGUGCAUCUCGGCGAAGUACAGAACGAGGACGGAGAGAAGCAGAUGGUGGCGGUGAAGACUCUCAGACUGGAGGCUUCUCACGCGGUCAGGUGUGACUUCGAGCAUGAGGUGGAAAUCCUGGCGGGGCUGCGGGACCCCAACAUCGUGCAGGUGGUGGGCGUGUGCUCGAGGGAGGAGCCGCUGUGCAUGCUGGUUGAGUACAUGGAACACGGGGACCUCAACCAGUACCUCCAGGCCCACAUCGCAGAGACAGCCUCGCCAAGGAACACGCACGCCAAGACGCUCAGUUACGGAUGCCUUAUCUACAUGGCCACUCAGAUCGCCUCGGGCAUGAAGUACCUCGAGUCCCUCAACUUCGUGCACCGAGACCUCGCCACCAGGAACUGCCUGGUGGGGGCGGGACACAUCAUCAAGAUCUCUGACUUCGGCAUGAGCAGGAACCUCUACGCAGGCGACUACUACAGGAUCGAGGGCAAGGCGCUGCUGCCGAUACGCUGGAUGGCCUGGGAGUCGAUCCUGCUGGGCAAAUUCACGACCAAGAGUGACGUGUGGUCCUUCGCCGUGACGCUGUGGGAGAUCCUUACCAUGGCGAGGGAGCAGCCCUACGAGGAACUGACGGACGAGCAAGUGAUCGAGAACGUCUCCUUCAUCUAUCACAACGAGACCAGGAAGGUGCUGCUGCCUCAGCCCACCAACUGCCCCAAGGAGAUAUUUGACCUGAUGCGGGAAUGUUGGAAGCGAUCAGACGCUGACCGGCCAACCUUCCGUGAGAUCCACAUGUUUCUGCAGCGCAAGAACCUUGGCUACUCGCCUGUUACCUGAGACCUGCUGGAGAACCUCCGCGGGGGCUGCAUGCCGUCCCCGCGGAGGUCCAUCGCCAGUCUCGGGUGGGACAUGUGCUUACAGCCGCGGCGGGAGUGUGUCCCGCCGCUCAGUGGGACCCAACACGCCCUCUCUGAAGGGGACAUGAACCAGCUGGAGGACGGCCACCUGCUGCCCCCCACCAGGAGGGGCUACGCCACCUUCGAGCGGGACCUUCGACACUACAGCCGCAGCCUCCUCUACCGCUCCUUCGACAGCCGGCAGCUUAGGCAGUGACGGGCGGGGCGCGGCGGCUUCCACAGCAGUGACCUUGACACUACGGGAUAUGUCUUACCCUAGUGGACCUUCGAGGGGUUACUCACCCUCGUUAUUAGUGUAGUUACCUGGAGACAGUGUGGACGGGGAGCGUGGGUGUUGUGUUGGCAAGUUGAAGGUUGAUGAGAGUAUUUAUCGGUAGCAGGCCGCGCCGCUCCCCGCGUGGCGGGAGGCGGCCAGCCAGCCUGCCAGUCAGUCAGUCAGUCAGCGUCUUAUCUAGUCGAGUUACUGUGUCGCUGAGCGGCGCCGUGCUGUGUACAUAGAGAGGUGAGUGAGGGUGGGCGGCUCGUUUGUGACGGUGGAGAUCCUUGCGAUUAAUGCUUCAUUUAUACAUUAUGCUUCAGAUAUAUGUAAAUAUAUAAUAUACCUGUAUGUAUGUAUGUAUGUACGUAUGUAUGUAUGAAUGUUUGUAUAAAAAUUUAUUACAUGUACAUAUCAUGAGACCAGAUUUUACAGUUGCAUUUUCAAUCUUUUAAGUGCGCCUAGUCAAUAACUUUUACAAGCUGCCUCGUCAUGUGUGUUCAUCACUGCCUAAGUGGCGGGAGCGUGGCGCCGCCCGGGGCUCCUGGUGCUGCUGGUCCGGGGCUCGCGGGGCGGGGGGCGGGGGGCGCCGCGCCGCCACAAGCUUCAGGACCAUGGCCUUAUGACGCGCGUGCGAGGUGAAGCGCCCGCCCCGCCCCUCCAUGCCUCACCCCUCCCCGCCCCGCCCUGCCCCGCCCCGCCUCGCCCCUCGCCCCUCACAUAUCAGUCUCCUUGAUCAGUGUGCAUCAAUGUCUUGGGUUGUGUCUUUGGUCUUUGGUUCACCUCACCCCUGGCAGUCUGGACGGGGUGGCGCAGCGGGGCGGGGCGGGGCGGGGCAGUCAUGACCCCUGAACAGUGGACUCAAUAACCUCGUCUGAUGUGAUGGCGUCUGUCUGGUGUUGUUGUGCUUCGUGGCGGACCCGGGCACGCGCCGGCUGGCACCCUGGCCCGCAGGGGGGUGGGGGGAGGGCGGAGCAGGAGGGACCUCUAGUUAUGACGAGUGGCCAGGUGUUCAGAGUGAAGUGAACCCGCGAGGGAGGUCCCACGGUGCGUCAUGACGUGCCUUCACACAUGCGGCAACAUGUUAAAGAACCCAGUCACCAGCAGUUUCCUCACUGUCUAACCACACUAACUUGUAAUAUAUGUUAGUAACACUGACUACCGACAGUGGUAUCCGCCCAUGACGGGAACCUUGUGGGUGAGGCUACAUGCUGGCGGCAGGGGCGCCGGAUGAACUCACACGCGCUGGUCACUGGACUGGCUCGUGCAAACACACUCAUCGCUUCAGCUCUUACCUUCAUAACCUUAAAAGUUACCAGCGCGUCAAGGAUGAGUGACUCAGCUGUUGUUGCCGUCAUGAACUCAAACUCAUUUGUUCCAGUGUUGCCAACGCAUGGUUGAUGGCACGUCUGGACGCAUCAUAAUAUUGCUUCGGGAACCUUUACGAAACGUGCAGCGUCCCGCAGGUGUGCCGGCGGGGCGGUCACCGUGUUGCUGCGGGAACCUUGACGAGACGUGGCGUGCGGCCGGUGCUGAAGGCGCGUCCGGUGUUGGGUCGUCCGGGUCCCGUUUCUUUUUUGCACUUUCUUCACUAACACAGUGUAUAAGGGCAAUAGGCAGACAUUAGCGUGUACAUAACUAGAUGUUUCCUAACGUGAGUCACCCGUGGACGUGGCGCGGACGCCGUGUACCGCCGCGUCGCCUGCGUAGUGUAAUGAUAACAUGAUCAUACGAACGUUACGAUGACUUAAUGUUUUCUGUGAUAAAGUUUACCUUACUGAACGAUGACCGCGGCUCGAGGGCCCAAGAGCCUUAACACGUCUUUGUCUCGCGCAUCCUUCACUGCGGCACAGCAUCAGAGCUUCUCCAAUCUGUACGCCCCGUUCUAACCUGUACUUGUAUUAGGGGAGAAAAAUAACCUGAAAAAAUAAUAUGGAUACUUGAUGACUCGAAACAGCUCGCACCAAUUCCAAAAAACGAAAUACCAGUUGUUAAAGUUUAGUUGGUCUACAUUCCCCGAGUUUAUUGCUUCGGAGUGCUGUUGCCAGGCCUGGUACAUCUUCACAAGACAGAGGACAGCAAAAUAUUAAUCUUGUUCUUAAAGUGAUUGGUGUCUUGUUUUUCUAGAUGAUUCAUUUAGCUCAAUAUAUGUAAAAAUGAAGGUUUGUCAAAAUAUACAUAAUUAACAUUCUCGAUUCUGACAAUAUAGUUCAUUUAUGUACAUCAAGAUUCCCCAGUUCGCAUUCCUGGUGUGAGUACAGAAUGGAAGGGCGCGUACAAAUUAGCGAGGACAUAUACCUUACUUUCCCUCACCUCACGCCCCCCUUUGCCCCCCCAGGCCAAAUACACGUGUCUGGCCCCGGGCGACGCUUCACCUAAUAAGUAUAAUGUAUAUCUUCUUGAACCUCUUCGUAUUAAUACUCUUUUUGGACCAAUAUAAAGUUAUCUUCGACCUCCUUCCUCUUCUUCCUCUUCACUUUCCUUCCUCCUCCUCUUUCUUUCCCUCUUUCUUCUCCUCUUUUUUCCUUUCCUCUUUUCUGCGACACUUUCUUCAGCCUCAGCUUGAUCAUUCCUUUCGCCUUUCUCCUCCUGUGCCUUGUCGGUCGGCUGUUUGUCUGUCUGUCAGUCUGUCUGUUCGUCUGUUUGUCUCUGUGUUUGGGGUGGGGGUCUACCUCUCCACCCCCUUCCCCCUCUGGUGCUCAUCAUCGCCCCCAACCCCCCAGCGCGAUAUAGGUAAUAUAGCCUCAACACUUAGAGAAACGUACUCAUUUUCUCUAUAUUUACAGUCUCUGCCUUCCCUCCCCCCCCUGCACCUCCAUAAACACACGUGCCACCCUCACUAAUACUUUCAGGACCACAAUAAACAUCUCACUAUUUAUACCUCUCGUGAUUGGUUGCGAGUCCACCACACCCAAGACAGAAUUCAUACUCUUGCAAAGGCACAGUAUCCAACCCUUUUUUGACAGUAAAGGAUUCAGAUCAAGGGCAAAACAAAUAUAUCAACCUUUUUUUACCAAAUGUUCAAGGAAAAAGGAUAAAAUGGGACUCUACAUAAUCAGACACACAACAAGAAGCUAUCACUCUCUUCCCUAUCCAUCUGAGUGCUACAGUAUACCUCUUGAGGGCUGCAUUCUAUCCCCACUACCCCCAAAUGCACCCUAUCAGUCCCAUACAAACACACACAUACAUGAAGAGACCCUACUGAGUGCUUUAACAUACCCCUGAGGUCUGCCUGCAUACCACCCCCAAAGGCUCUCUCUAUGGAGGGGGAUGUGGGCGUGGAGGAAGGAAGAGGCGCUAUUAUGGGCGUUCUUCAGCCCUCGCCCCGCCGACCCCCACCCCCGCUGAGGCUCUUCUUGUCUUCGUUUGCUCGGUGUCUGCGGAUCUUUGUCGCUCGGCCGCGCAUAGGUUCCGUUGGGUUGCGACAAUGACCUUAUUAAUGACGAAACACUUAACUACUGCGCGAGAUCUUCAUUAUUAGGUAGUGUGUGCGUUUUCAGAGUUUCUAGUAGCCAUUAAACAACAUAACAUAACAUAGCUAUAUCUUACCCACCUCCCGCGAGAGAGAGAGAGAGAGAGAGAGAGAGAGAGAGAGAGAGAGAGACCUUUGCUUAGAGUUGAGUCUCGUAAGUUACGUAAAAGUUAUAUAUCGAAAUAAAAAAAUGGACUUGAAUGAUAUCAGAGAGAGAGAGAUAGAGAGAGCCGGCACGUGAAAAAUAAAAUGACAUAAAAAUUCGAGUUCCAGUGCUGAUUUUCAAUAUUCUAGGACUCAUCUCAGCACACGCGGCGAAGGUCUUUGUGUCUUGCUGAGGGGGUCAGUACUUGCCUUAUAAAAAGCAUAAUAUUCACCCUUUGCAAACCCACCCACCCCCAUUGACCCAUACACUCCUCACUUCCCCCCAUCCUCCCCAUUCCCUUAGCUUUAACUGUUUUACCAACCCCACUCCUAAAACCCAAUCCCUUUACCCUUCCUUAGACACCCACUGUUGUUCCCCUUGAAAUUUCUCCUUCUCUUACCCCAAAAGCGACCCGAUCUUGGCAAUACUGGAGUCUUUGGUGGAGAUUUAAUAGACAUGGUUGAAUAUGGUUGAAGGUGUGUAUGUUUCUAUAUUUCUCUCUCUCUCUCUCUCUCUCUCUCUCUCUCUCUCUCUCUCUCUCUCUCUCUCUCUCUCUCUCUCUCUCUCUCUCUCUCUCUCUCUCUCUCUCUCGACAGGUGGUGGGUGCGAGGACUAGGACUAUAGACUAUUCUCUCUCGUGUUCGGACGAUGUUAAAUUUAAGCCGAAGAAACCGAGUAAGAAAGUCAGUCAGUCAAGGGAGGUCGGAGGGAGAGGACGUACGAUAGUUUGUCUUGUGCUAGGUCGAGGUGCACGUGUUGUCAGCGUUGUUUUCCCCCAGUAAUCAAGAGUUAAUAGGCUGAGUCCUCGCCCACGCUAGACCAAGGAGGCGCCGGAGCCCGCUAUAUAAGGAGGAGGAGCAGGUGGAUAAAAGGGUGGAGGAGGAGGUGAUUGAGGUGCGCCGGCGUGAUUUGUAAGACAUAUCUCAUUUUGUUGUGCCUGCAUUACGAUUGUGUCCUUGCAACAUUUUCAACAUUGCUACUCAAAGUGUGAGAAGUGAAUGUACAUACAUGUUAGAAAUAAAAACUACGAUAUUUUUGUAAUGA